ACAGAUGAUGCAUUCCAAGCAAUCCUUUCUGACACAGUUAUUGUGCACACCGAUAUUGAUAUGAUGGUAUAAAUUAUUUAUAUUAUGCAACCCUACGACUGAUCUAUUUUCAACCGCUUGGAGCAUGAAUUCAAUUUGUUGACCAGUACCGUGUGAUUUUAAGUCAUCCCAUGGCCCCCAGGCAAGCAGGGGAUCUUAAGCUGAUGCAAAGUGUGACUGUUCCUUUAGCCGGCUCUGAAAUCAUCUAUUAGACUGACUUUGAGAUUAAAAGAUUGACUGAUUCUUUUGUUAGAUGAUAAGAUUUAUUGGUUUAAGAAUCUCGGCACAGCUUGACCACGCUGCAGACUUGCUCUCCUUUAACAUUUCUCUCACUGCGCUGCGCCUCUUGGUGACAUGGUUACAGUACCGUGAAAUUCUGAUUAACAGAGAGCAGCCACAUUAUGCAGGACAUUCUCCACACUUUGUACUCAUUUUCUCACAACAGAUCAGUUGUGUCGUCCUCAGCAUAAACCCGUCCGCCCGUCAUACGUCGGCUUACUUUUGAGAGCAGGCUCUUGAAGAAAGGAUAUUCUGUGUGCGUACGGACAAUAGCUUUGAGGAUCUUUGAUGUGGAGAUAAAAAAAAAAAAUGCCAAAACAAUACGUGGAUGAGUAUGAGCCUCUGCUCAUAAGGGGCAUUAAAGACAAAAGGCGUUUACAGCUUCCAAACAAAUCGCUGCUACUGGCCAUGUUUGCUGCUUGUGUUGGAGGAACGUUUCAGUAUGGAUACAAUGUGUCUGUCAUCAACGCGCCCACAAUGUAUGUACAGAACUUCAUCAACCUCACGUGGAUGCAGCGCUACCAAACCAACAUCUCACAGGAUGGGCUCACGCUGCUCUGGUCCACCAUUGUGUCCAUGUUCACUUUAGGAGGACUCAUAGGCGCAUCGAUCGGCGGGACUUUGUCUGUGAAGCUGGGGAGGAGAGGGACGCUGCUCGCCAAUAACACCUUUUCGCUGAUGGCUGCUCUGCUGAUGGGUCUGAGCUCCACUGCAGGCUCGUUCGAGCUGCUCAUCAUUGGACGUCUCCUCAGUGGAAUUAAUGCAGGCAUCGCCCUGUGUGUUCAACCUCUUUACUUGGGGGAAAUAGCGCCGACUGCAUUACGUGGGGCCAUGGGAAUGGGAACUUCAGUCUUCAUCACUGGUGGAAUCUUAACAGGACAAGUUAUGGGCUUGAAAGAAAUCCUGGGCAAAGAAGAGUACUGGCCCAUCCUGCUCUCCACCACCUGUAUCCCUGCCGCCCUGCAACUCCUGAUCCUGCCCUGGUUCCCAGAGAGCCCACGCUACCUGCUGAUCGAUAAAGGAGAUGAGGAGGCAUGUAAAAAAGCCUUGAGGCAGCUGCAUGGUUUAGUUGACUGCGAUGGAGCUUUGGAGGAUAUUGAGAAAGAGAGGAGUAACUUGGUGGGUGUCCAUGCCAAGAAACCCUGGGAGCUCUUCUCUGAUCGCAGUUUACGCUGGCAGCUCCUCACCAUCAUCCUGCUCAACGCUGCUCAGCAGCUGAAUGGCAUUAAUGCUAUUUACUUUUAUGCUGAUUACGUGUUCCGACAGUCUGGUAUUCCUAUGGAUAAAAUACCAUAUGCAACUGUCGGCACUGGUGCCUGUGAAUGCAUCACAGCUUUAACAUGUGGUCUGCUCAUUGAAAGUCUGGGAAGGAAGGUCCUCAUCAUGGGGGGAUACGUACUGAUGAGUAUCUGCUGUGUUUUCUUCACGCUGACGCUCACUUUCCAGGGUUACAGCCCGGUUUUCCCGUACUUGAGCAUGGUGUGCGUUUUUGCUUUCAUCCUGAGUUUUGGCCUGGGGCCGGGUGGCGUGACGAACAUCCUAACCACGGAGCUGUUCAUGCAAACCGCCCGGCCCGCUGCCUUCACGAUCGCCGGAUCAGUGAACUGGCUCAGCUUCUUCUUCAUCAGCCUGGUCUUCCCCUUCAUUGUGAUUGGGCUACAGCAGUACUGUUUCCUGGUAUUCCUGGCCGUCUGCUCCUUAGUGGCCACCUACAUAUUCUUUUGCAUCCCCGAAACAAAGAACAAAACCUUCGUGGAAAUCCAGAAUGAGUUCCAGUCGUCCAAGAAUAAGCUCUCCAGAUCAGAUGGAGCAGGGACUAUACUCUUAUCAACAUCUAUAUAAAACGUUCCGGAGACAGACUUUCUCUGUAACUCACAACAUUUACACAUGGGUGAAUAACAAGGAUUCACUCCCACUCAUGACAUUAUCAAAAACUGUGGAAUAUAUAUGCAAAGUUAGGAUGACCUUGACUCAUCUCCCUCUGUUUUAUAAAUGAUGGCUUGUACUACCUCUAUAAAGGGUGCUCUGUUUGAAAUGUCAAAUAAAGUUCGGCUAAUGACAAAUCUUCUUUAAUUGGCGUGAAAAGGUUCAAAGUAAAGUCUGAACGCUGCUGCGGCUGCCUGGACUUUUCUAAUCCCUCGGAACCGCAUGUGGUCCGGAGAGCAAAUACUUUGUGGACGUGUUGGCAUUACAGGGAUGAAAAGUGCACCAGCAGGAAGAAUUACAGCUAUCUGGGAUCUUUGAGAAGGUCAAGAUGAAUAAAAGUGUGCUUUAUGUGCAGCAAGGCUCACAAAGAGCAACACACCAACAGAGUCUUUGUUGUUUUGACCGUUUACCAAUUUUUUUUUUUAUUGUUUAAAUUGUAAUUUUGUUUUCAGUCAUUAUGGGUUAGUGAGAGUUCACACCCACAUUUGAGGAAAAAUCCAGAAAUAAGAGCUCUUCAGUAUGAACUGUGCUCUUAA